AUGCCAGUGCGAGGAGAUCGGAUGUUUCCACCCCGGCGGGAGCUGUCAGGUUGGCUCCCGGCCCACGGCAUGGAAGAACUGAUAUGGGAACAGUACACUGUGACCCUACAAAAGGAUUCCAAAAGAGGAUUUGGAAUUGCAGUGUCUGGAGGCAGAGACAACCCCCACUUUGAAAACGGAGAAACGUCCAUUGUCAUCUCUGAUGUGCUCCCGGGUGGGCCUGCCGACGGGCUGCUCCAAGAAAAUGACAGGGUGGUCAUGGUCAACGGCACCUCCAUGGAGGACGUGCUCCAUUCAUUUGCUGUUCAGCAGCUGAGAAAAAGUGGCAAGGUUGCUGCCAUUGUGGUCAAGAGGCCCCGGAAGGUCCAGCUGGCCCCACUGCGGAGCAGCCCUCCCGUGGAUCACGAUGACCGGGCUUUUGAGGUGAUGGACGAGUUUGACGGCAGAAGCAUCCGCAGUGGGUACAGUGAACGGAGCUGGCGUAGUGGCCGUGGUGGACGAAGCUGCAGCUUGGAUGACAGCCCCAACCGAGGGCGUCCCCAUAACCGGGCACAGAGCCGGGAGCGGCUCCACAGCAGGGACCGGAGCCGGGGCCGGAGCUUGGAGCGGGGCCUGGACCAGGACUACAGGCAAGCCCGAGACAGCAGCCGUGGACGGAGCAUCGACCGGGAGGGAAGCUAUGAGCGAAACUAUGACCCAGCCUACGACCGGCCCUACAGCCCAUCUGUGGAGUAUAGCCGUAGAGCUCAGGCCGACGCCCACUAUGAAGUGUCCCGGAGUCGCAGCCAGGAGUACUUCCACUCCCGCAGCCCCAGCCCUGAGCUGAGGGGGCGGCCAGACCAUGCCAGCCAGCAGGACUCAGAUCGGCCCAUCGGGGUCCUUCUGACAAAAAGCAAACCAAAUGAAGAGUAUGGUCUCCGGCUUGGGAGUCAGAUCUUCAUAAAGGAAAUGACCAGAACAGGUCUGGCCACUAAAGACGGCAACCUUCAUGAGGGAGACAUCAUACUCAAGAUCAAUGGAACUGUCACUGAGAACAUGUCUUUAACGGAUGCUCGAAAACUGAUAGAAAAGUCAAGAGGAAAACUCCAGCUCGUGGUGUUGAGAGACAGCAAGCAGACCCUCAUCAACAUCCCAUCACUGAACGACAGUGACUCCGAGAUCGAAGAUAUCUCCGAAAUAGAGUCAAACCGAUCCUUUUCUCCAGAUGAGAGAAGACAGCAGUAUUCUGAUUACGAUUAUCAUUCCUCCAAUGAAAAGCUGAAGGAAAGGCCAAAUUCAAGGGAGGACACAUCGGGGAGAUUGUCCAGGAUGGGAGCCACACCCACUCCGUUUAAGUCCACUGGUGAUAUUGCAGCUGCGAUUGUCACAGAGACCAACAAGGAACCCAGACACCAGGAGGAACCUCCAGCUUUGCAACCAAAACCAGCCCCAAGAACUUUUCUUCGUCCUUCUCCCGAAGAUGAAGCAAUAUAUGGCCCUGAUACCAAAAUGGUGAGGUUCAAGAAGGGAGACAGCGUGGGUCUCCGGUUGGCUGGUGGCAAUGAUGUCGGGAUAUUCGUCGCUGGCAUUCAGGAGGGAACCUCGGCAGAACAGGAAGGCCUUCAAGAAGGAGACCAAAUCCUGAAGGUGAACACUCAGGAUUUCAGAGGGCUGGUUCGGGAGGAUGCUGUUCUCUACCUGUUAGAAAUCCCCAAAGGUGAAAUGGUGACCAUUUUAGCUCAGAGCCGAGCUGAUGUGUACAGAGACAUACUGGCUUGUGGCCGAGGGGAUUCAUUCUUUAUAAGAAGUCACUUUGAAUGUGAGAAGGAAACUCCACAGAGCCUGGCCUUCACCAGGGGUGAGGUCUUCCGCGUGGUCGAUACACUGUACGAUGGCAAGCUAGGCCACUGGCUGGCUGUGAGGAUCGGAAGCGAUUUGGAGAAAGGCUUAAUCCCUAACAAGAGCAGAGCUGAACAGAUGGCCAGUGUUCAGAAUGCCCAGCGAGACAACGCUGGGGACAGGGCAGAUUUCUGGAGAAUGCGCGGUCAGCGGUCCGGAGUGAAAAAGAACCUGAGGAAGAGUCGAGAGGACCUCACAGCUGCCGUGUCGAUCAGCACUAAGUUCCCAGCUUACGAGAGAGUUUUGCUGAGAGAAGCUGGUUUCAAGAGACCUGUGGUCUUAUUUGGCCCCAUAGCCGAUAUAGCAAUGGAAAAGUUGGCAAAUGAGUCACCUGACUUGUUUCAAACUGCUAAAACGGAACCAAAAGAUGCAGGAUCCGAGAAAUCCAGUGGGGUGGUGCGUUUAAAUACUGUGAGGCAAAUUAUUGAACAGGAUAAGCACGCACUAUUAGAUGUGACUCCAAAAGCCGUCGACCUGCUGAAUUAUACCCAGUGGUUCCCAAUUGUGAUUUUUUUCAACCCAGACUCUAAACAAGGUGUCAAAACCAUGAGACAGAGAUUGAAUCCAACGUCCAACAAAAGUUCUCGGAAGUUGUAUGAUCAAGCCAACAAGCUUAAAAAAACAUGUGUGCAUCUUUUUACAGCUACAAUCGACUUGAAUUCAGCCAACGAUGGCUGGUUUGGCAGCUUGAAGGAGACAAUUCAGCAUCAGCAAGGAGAAGCAGUUUGGGUCUCUGAAGGAAAGAUGGAAGGGAUGGAUGAUGACCCCGAAGACCGCAUGUCCUACUUAACCGCCAUGGGCGCGGAUUAUCUGAGUUGCGACAGCCGUCUCAUCAGUGACUUUGAAGACACCGACGGUGAAGGAGGUGCCUACACUGACAAUGAGCUGGAUGAGCCAGCCGAGGAGCUGCUGGUGUCUUCCAUCACCCGCUCCUCGGAGCCGGUGCAGCACGAGGAGAGCAUAAGGAGGCCCAGCCCAGAGCCACGAGCUCAUGUGAAGAGGGCUGCUAGCAGAGACCAACUUAGGGACAGUAGCCCGCCCCCGACAUUCAAGCCAGAGCCGCCCAAGGCCAGAGCCCAGAGCAGAGAAGAAUCCUCCGACUUCCCCAAAUCCCACUUCUCUGCCGUGGCCUCUAAUGAAAUUCCUGUGGCAUCUACCAAAGGUUAUCCUCCUCCUGUGGCAGCAAAACCUGUCUUUGGACGGUCUAUACUGAAGCCAUCUACUCCCGUCCCUGCCCCAGAGAAUGAGGAGAUGGGAGAGGGUGGUGAGGAGCAAGAAAACACUCCCAAGUCUGUCCUGGGCAAAGUCAAAAUAUUUGAGAAGAUGGAUCACAAGGCAAGAUUACAGAGAAUGCAAGAACUCCAAGAAGCUCAAAAUGCAAGGAUUGAAAUUGCGCAGAAGCUUCCUGACAUCUAUGCAGUCCCAAUCAAAACACAAAAGCCAGACCCUGGCCUGUCGCAGCACACAAGUUCCAGACCCCCUGAGCCACAGAAAGGUCCUUCCAUACUUUAUCAGGACACCAGAGGAGGUUACAGCAGUGACGCCGAGGAGGAGGAAUACCGCCAACAGCUGUCAGAGCAUUCAAAGCGCGGUUACUAUGGCCAGCCUGCCCGCUACCGGGACACGGAAUUAUAG